GUUGGAGAAACACUUCACUAUGUCUCUACCUCCAGCGAACUUGGACCCAAAUAUUCCUAUUUUACGUCAUGUUUUAAACAAUAUUUACGUGAAUGCAUUUGAUGCGUUUCCCUAUCUCAGGACGAUCCUUGAUGAGUUACAGACAUUGGCUUCCUCAUCGGGGAGUAAGAACUUAAAAGAUGACAUAUCUUGGGCUCGUGAGUCCUUAGAAGGCGAUUCUGAAAAGCUGUUCAAGAUUCAAUCCCACAUCAAGUUCUUACAAGCGGAGGAAACCUUCACUACAAAGAAUGAAAUGAUCAGAGUGUUUAAGGAGUUUGUCAAUUUCGUCCAGAUGAUCCUCCUGGACGAUCUGAUCACAACGUUGAGAGGCGUUGCCACGACAAUGACCAACCAGGAAAAUGAUCAUAUCAAGUUGAACAAUCGCACUCUUGAUGAAAUAGUUAAAGUGAUACAGAGGUUUUCAGUUGCCUUGAAGCUCUCAUCGUCACCAGUUCUUGAAAUUGAAACGAAUGAUCUUGGUGGAGAAAUUACACUCUCGAACGCAACCAUAACACAACUUCAAAACCAACUAGAACUGAGAUCCAAAACGCUAACAGAGACGGUCGAGGUCCUUAGACAAGUCUCACAUGGCCCACAAUAAGUCCGAUAGAUAUAUAUAUGUCACAUAAGAAAGGAUGGAUAGUUAUUGUACCAGUUUAAACUACACUGCUG